CAAGCUUCAUCCUCCUCCAAGAAGAAAGAUGCUGAGCGCCUCGCGUUCGGCGCAACAUUAAAGCCCGUAAAAAGUGACAAAACGUUAAAAAUACCUAUACUUACAUCAUCGGGAAACAGCCAGCUGGUGAAAAGAAGGCGGUUUUAAGCGUGUGACGCCUUGGUUGUGCUUGAAGUCGGUCAGUCAGUGAGUGUGUUAGUAUGGAAGUGAAGAAAUCGAUGUCGGAGUGCGAGCGGACGCUGAGGAGCUACGGCGCCGUUCUGGAGACCGAGUGGCGGCCGGACAAAGUCCAGUCUGACGUGUCCAUGGCAGAGAGCACCAUGUCCCCGGACGAGAUAGAGGUUGAAAUGACACGGAUUCAGCGUCUGCGCGAGAUUCUGGUCCGCCGCGAGUCUGAGCUACGCUUCAUGAUGGAUGAUAUUCAGCUGUGCAAAGACAUCAUGAGCCUGAAGCAGGAGCUGAGGAAGAUUGUGGCAGUGCCUGAAAAGGACAAGACCAAGAAGCACAGGCAGAGGGAGGAGGAGCUGAUCCUGAAGAUUCACAAGCUGGUCCAGAAGAGGGACUUCUUGGUGGAUGAUGCAGAGGUGGAACGAUUAAGAGAAAGGGAGGAGGACAAGGAGAUGGCUGAAUUCCUGAGACUGAAGCUCCUGCCUUUGGACAAACUGGCCAAAGUCACACAAGGUCCCCCUGAGUUGAAGAAGGCUCCCCUACAGCCACCUCCUAACAAGCCCUCGAUCACCAAGUCAGGAGUUGAGAUCAUCAAAGACUGCUGUGGGGCAACACAGUGUGUUAUUAUGUAACCGAGUCACCCAGGCCCAAAUAUUUUUGAAAACAUACUGUGAUCUCUACCUAAAUCUCCUACAAAACUCGUGUUACCUCUUGUUGUCUACGUCACAGAGAACCCUGGGCCAAAACCAGCUAUUGAUGAAAGAAAAAGGCAAGUAGACGUACAAGGCGUGUAUCAAAGUCUUCUCUCAAAACAGGUUCAUUAUCUGUACUGGUGAAUUUAGUUCUUCUGAUACCUCAAUCCUGACCUCGGAUAAAUCUCCAAAAGAGCACUACUAAUAUCUCAUCAGGAAUUAUUUGGUUAAUACUGCUAUAAUUACACUACCUUGCAGUCAGUUACUGUGAUAAUAUACACAAGUGCCAAAUAUGCAUUAUUCCAUAGUGUAAAAUAAGGAGUGUCUGGGGUGAAAUACAGCACCCUGGCUGCAAAGUGGUGAUUAAUAUAGAGGUCUUUCCGUCUGCAAACUAAGGAAAAAAAAUCAGUUUACAAGCGCAGUGCCUCUCAGUCACAAAGCUAUGGUUCUCCACAGCCUCGGAAAUUGUGGCGAAUCAUAUGACCAUUCCGCAGCCCGUGGAGCAGCAGAUGCUGCAAUAUUUCAUAAUACGGUCAGCGUUUUACAGCUAGUUCCCUCAUAAAAAAAGAUUCAUUUGUUUAGCACUAUUAGAUCAGGAAGCAUUUCCAAACAUAUCCUGUA